AACGAAAAUAAUAUCAAAAUUCCACACUGAAGUUAUUAGAUUAUACAUCUGUUUAAGUUAAAACAUUCGUUGAAUAUAAUGGAAGUCAUCGUGGUAACUAACUUCCCACUAACUCGAUCAAUAUUUAUUUUGUCAUCUCAUUAACUUCCAUGUUAUUCUCUUAUUUUUUUUCUAUAAGUGAUUGAUUUUUUUGUUUGUGAUGUUUUUUUCUAAACUCCAAGCUCGGUCUUGCGAUGGACUCUGGACAAAUUACAUCACUAGAACGAUAUCAGAACUACUUUUGGGUCUUUAAAAGUAGCAGCAGCUGCAUUGACAUCGUCUCUCAUCUCUCAACAUCCCACCACCACCAGUCACCAAGAGUAACAACAAUGUCUGACGAGAGUGGAAGUCCGACGUUCAUCAUCGCCGAUUUCUCCGACGACGACGCGGCUAACGAAAACUGGCCGGAGAUUGAGUUCCGGUCACCGGAGGACGAGGCAUGGUACGGUGUGGACGUGUGGGAAUUGUGCGACUCUCUGGUGGUCACCUUCAACGGCUUCUCCUUCGAGUACGACGAGGUGUACUCGCCGGACGAUUUCAAGAACUCCGACGAGUUAAAAAAGUUCGAAGAGAGGUUCCGUGCUUGCUCCGUUCAGAUGCAAGACACCGAGUGCGCGACGCUCGCGCAAGGCACGAAGGUCUGCGCCACGUGUCCUUCCGUCGCCGGGGAAGUCAAGUUCUACGACGCCAUCGUCGUUAACGUGUCGAGGGAGAAGCAUGGUGUGGACGAGGAAGGGAACGAAGUGUGUGGAUGUGAUUACAAACUAUACUGGAACCAAGGUCCUUUCGUUAACAAUGUUACGUCUGCAAAAGUUGGUGACAUUUGUCUUGUUCAGGAAGAUAAACGAAUGAAGCCGAAAGUUGUCACUUUCUUGAAAGAAGCUAGGAGGCAGCUUCUUGGAGAAGCUCCCCAAGGAAAAGAAACAGAGUGGCAAAAGAUACUUAAGAAGGUCACUUCUGCUAUUCGAGACCACAACUUAGAUCCAUCUGUUCCAGAGAAUCAAGGUUAAACGGAUAACUAGCUUUUGUGGCUUAGCAAACAUUUGAAAACUAUGUGUGGUUUCGUUAUCUCUUAAAAUGGUUCGGUAGAUAACUAUGUAAACCCUUUAAGGGUAUCACUUGUUUUAGUCCUUGUUUUGAAACUCUUACUAUCUAUGCUGAAAAGCUCUUGUAGAACAUCCUGAUUCUUGCACCCGUUGGCUCUAAAAAGCUUGAAUCGUUGAUGAACAUUAGAUUAA